GAAUUAGCGAGCUUGAGGGACAGCAGCUUGAACUGAGCCUGCUAUGUCUUGCUCGCCCACCAGUGGACCACGUAAAUGUUUGUCAAGACCGAAAAAAAACAGUACUAACAAUAAAAGGGAAUACUUUUUUUUUUUUUUUACUCAUUGCCUUUUUGUUAAACACAUUUGUUCCCCCUUCGCUGUGCCCAGAAGAGGAGCGACGAGCAACAGACGAUUCUGUUGCAACCAUUUCUGACCACGUGAGCAUUUUCCGCAAACAUCCGUCUCUUAGAUGUGACAGCGAGGUUUAUCAGGAGAAGCCACCAUGUCUUAAGCACAGAAGGGCCUUCUGGAGCCCUACCCCCUCCCCACCCUGGACCGCUUUCUCCUUCCCCCGUCCAUCACCUUACUCCUUCUCCCAGCCCCACUUUACUCCCUGAUCUUCCUGCCCAUGUGAGGGACAGGCUACCCUGCCCUGGCUCCCCAGUGGCUAAUCCUUCCCCUCCUCCUGGAGAGAUGAGCCUGCAUAAGCACCAUCAUUUUGGCAAUGGCAGUAGUGGGGUAACGGGCUCUGACCGGGAUCUGCAGUCCACAACCUCCACCAUCUCCCUGUCCUCUGUGAAGAAGGCUCCCAAGAAAAGACGUCUAUCCCUGGCUUCCCUUUUUAGAUGGCGGGGAAGGGAAGCCAAAUCGAUACACCGAAAGUCUCGAGAGCUGCACAAUCCCGGACCUGGAGGGCUUACAGCGGUGGAUGGUAUAGCUAACAUCGAGAGCAUCCACUCCGAGAUGUGUUAUAAUAAGACCUCUACCGUCUCCACUGUGGCUGGAGCUGCCUCUGCUGUUGAUGCCUCCACCUCAUCUGCCUCUGGAACCUGUUUGUCUGCCUGCACCACAGCGUCCUCCAAGCAGGGGGGUGAAGUGGAGAAGGACUUCCUGGAAUGCCCCCUGUGCCUUCUACACCACUCUAAGGAGAGUUUUCCCGACAUCAUGACUUGUCACCACCGCUCCUGCGUUGACUGCCUACGCCAGUACCUGCGUAUUGAAAUCUCAGAGUCACGUGUCAACAUCAGUUGCCCUGAGUGUUCGGAGCGCUUCAACCCACAUGACAUCCGCAUGAUUCUUGGUGACCGUGGUAUCAUGGAGAAAUACGAGGAGUUUGUCCUCAGGAGAUGGUUGGUGGCUGACCCUGACUGCCGUUGGUGUCCGGCACCUGACUGCGGGUACGCAGUCAUUGCCUUUGGAUGUGCCAGCUGUCCCAAGAUCGCAUGCGGGAGGGAGGGUUGUGGUACAGAGUUCUGUUAUCACUGUAAGCAGCUAUGGCACCCCAACCAGACAUGCGAUGCUGCACGACAACAGAGAGCCCAAAGCCUUCGUCUGAGGACAAUUCGCUCGUCAUCUCUCAGCUACAGCCAAGAGAGUGGAGCUGCAGCUGAUGACAUCAAGCCAUGCCCACGCUGUGCUGCGUACAUCAUCAAAAUGAACGAUGGCAGCUGUAACCACAUGACUUGCGCCGUCUGCGGCUGUGAGUUUUGCUGGCUGUGUAUGAAGGAGAUCUCCGACUUGCAUUACCUGAGUCCAUCAGGCUGUACAUUUUGGGGGAAGAAGCCAUGGAGCAGGAAGAAGAAGAUUCUUUGGCAAUUGGGAACACUUGUUGGUGCCCCUGUUGGCAUUGCUCUGAUUGCUGGCAUAGCUAUCCCCGCCAUGGUUAUCGGCAUCCCUGUAUAUGUUGGAAGGAAGAUUCACAAUCGCUAUGAAGGUAAAGAUAUUUCCAAACACAAGAGGAACCUGGUGAUUGCAGGUGGCGUCACUCUGUCUGUCAUUGUGUCUCCAGUGGUUGCAGCAGUCACUGUCGGCAUUGGUGUCCCAAUCAUGCUGGCGUAUGUGUACGGCGUGGUGCCCAUCUCGCUGUGCCGCAGUGGGGGCUGUGGUGUCUCUACAGGAAAAGGAAAAGGUGUCCGAAUAGAAUUUGAUGAUGAGAACGACUUGAAUGUUGCCACUGGGACAGCAACCACCGAUUCAACAUUUGUGGCAGACACUAGAAACAACCCCAGCAUAUGCGAAGGCAGUGUCGGGGGUCUUACAGGCAGUUUAAGUGCCAGUGGCAGCCAAAUGGACAGACUUGGGGCCAUCAGGGACAACCUUAGUGAGACGGCAUCCACGAUGGCUUUGGCAGGAGCAAGCAUCACAGGAAGCCUCUCCGGCAGUGCCGUGGUCCACUAUCUUAGCAGGUUGGAGGUGCAAGCUGAUGUGCAGAAGGACCAUUGCAGUCUCAGUGGCGAGUCAGGUUCUGUCAGCCUAGGAACAAUCAGUGACAAUGCAAGUACCAAAGCAUUGGCAGGAUCCAUCCUGAAUGCCCACAUUCCCUUUGACAGAGAUGGGAACAGCAUGGAAGUCCAGGUUGACAUUGAAUCCAAACCCGACAAAUUACGCAACCACAGUGGCGGUAGCAGUGCCGAUCACGGCAGCCAUGUUGGCCGCUGUGGCUGGACCUGCCCCUCUAACGACUGCGCGUUCUCGGAGGGCCGAGGAACGUCUACCAAAUGGGUCAAAGAAACAUGCGGCCCCUCCUCUUCCAGUUCAGGAGGCAAAAAGUGCAAAGGCAAACUGCGCAAAAAAGGCGGCGGCGCUAGGAUCAAUGAGACAAGAGAAGACAUGGACACUCAGCUUUUGGAGCAACGUAGCACCAACUCGUUAGAGUUUGACUCUCCUUCUCUGAGCGGCAGCCUGCCUUCUGUUUGUGACUCUCACUCAAGCCACUUCUCAGAGUUCAGCUGUUCUGACCUGGAGAGUAUGAAAACUUCCUGUAGCCACGGCUCUGGCGGAGGCGACUACCACACACGCUUCGCCACCAUCAGCCCCUUACCUGAGGUGGAGAACGACCGCCUGGAGACAUGCCCUGCUUCUCGGACUUCCUGCAAGGGCCUUGAUGCCGCCGUCGUCCCCACUCCCCACUCACCAACCUCCUCGCUGAGUCAUGCGGAACUUUCCAGCGUAAACUUCAUCACAGAGGAAAGUGUCAACCUGGUGUAUAACUCUCAGGGCCGCAGUCCACAACUCCUCAAAGAAACCAACAACAAUUACCACCAAGCAGAACAGUCCAAGAACUUGUGCGUACAGACGGACAUUUAGAGUAACACCUGAAGUGCUGCAUCUUUUCUUUCAGUGAAAUACCAGCCGGCCUUUGACUAGGAGGAAGUCAUGUGUGUCAACAGGCUGUCAUCUAAAAAUGAGCCAUGAGACAAAUACGACUCACUUGAAAAAGAUAGGGAGAUUCAGCUUUUAGGGUAAAAUUCAGGAUGUAGCUAAAAAGCGUUUUGCACAACUUGCUGUUCUCGAAAAAGACAACAUUUUUGUCAGGUCUCUUCAGCACUGGUUCACUCUCACACUGGAGCCUCAGCGGCCACUUCCCCAUGAGAACUUCCUGUUUGAAGCCACACCGUGUUUGGUAUCAUUUUGGUUUCAUUACAACAGAAUGUGAAAAGCAUUUAAAUACCGUUCAUAAUUGAACCAGGACAUUUUUUUGUUGCACUCAUGUUGUCAUUUUUGUUAUUCAGCAAGUUGUGCAGAAGUAGUAAAACGUGAAACAUUUGGACAUCCAAAAGUUUAGAAUUGAAUUUAAAGGGAACUGCAUUUUUUUUUUCUAGAAUUUUGCCCAUUAUUCACAAUCCCUAUAUGAGACAAGAACACAUGCCCUUCUCUUUUCUGUGCAUUCUAAAUAGUGAAAAACUGCUAGCAAAAGUUAUAGAGUUAUGGUAUCCAAUCGAUUCCGCCUAUACCUCCUUUCAUAUGCACACUAUAAGUAUAUGUAACAGGCACAUUCAUAAUAACAUGUACCGUAUUUCCCGCAACAAGAUAUAAGCCGCACCCACUAAAUUUUAAAAUAAAUUAAUUUUCCAUAAAUUAACCUGUAAAUUAGACUGUAAGCCAGAUAUAUACAUUGUGAAAUGUUAUUUACACAAAUAUUUUGUAAAUGUUUUUUUCCAUACCUUAAUUGUUUCCAAACGGUGUUUGUAACUUUGCAAUGAUUUCUGGUGUAAGUUGAAUUUCAAAGGGACCAACUUCUUGGUUUAUGGCCACAACCUCGGUCUAGAAAUGUGAGAGGCUUGGUUUAUUAUCUAGCACACACUUUUACCAACUCAGGCGAUUCAGCACUAAAAGUAGAUCCUUGUUGUUGGCUCUUACAAUAAGUGUUGCUAUAACUUGGUUAUAUGGUUGUGCAGGUCACGAAAUGAAAAUGGAGUAUUGUUGGAGGUUUUUAGAGGACCUCAAGGCACAAUGGAUAAAUCCCCAUUACAUGCCUUGUUUCCUGCCUCUUGCUAGCAGUUUUUUAUUAUUUAGCACCACCCGAAAAGAGAAAUGUGUUCUUGUCUCACAUUAUUGUGAAUAAUGGACAAAAAAACAUAAAAAAGUGUUUCCUCUUGAGUUUACUGUAAAGGUUAUAUUGCAUCCUAGCCUUGUCCAGAAAUGUCACCCGGAUAUCCCGAACUCUUUUGAGUGGUGUACGUGUCAGGACUCGGGAGUCCUGCAAACUGCUGAGUCAUCAUAGAUGGACAAGGUAGACCUGUGGAGAACCACUGUGCCAGUUUCUAUCGCUGUCUUUGGCUGGAAGAAUUGUAUCCAGAUCGCCCUCGAAGGGUUUUGAGCUUCUUGGUGUGUCUUAAGUUUAGGGGUGUGGCCGGGAAUGAUUACAAAUUGUAAAAAUAAAUGCUAAAAAAGACGACGUAUUUGGGCUUACCGAGUAUGAUAAACAUGUGCUUUGAUAUCUUUUUGGUGCCUUCAUGAAGCAGUUUGUGUUGUGUGCGUGAACAAGCUCACACCACGGGGUGUGUGGCGUUCCUCUAAUCAGCAGCAUACUUGAGACAAAGUGAACUUUGGUGAAUGAAGACUUUUCAAUUGCCUACCAAAGACAGCACUUUGGCUCUUGUUAAAUCUUACACCUUUGACCUUUGUCUGGAGCAGACACACUUUGGUGCAUUCUUUUUCAGUACUACUGUACCCAAGAAAUGACGCUGAGUCAUGAAUAUAGUAAGAGAGGACACAUAGCGGCCAAAGGCACAUGCACUGUUAGCUGCAUUUCUUCUAACCUUGAUUUCCCUUGGAGUCUUUGUGUCCCGAGUUGGUGCUGCUAAGCUGACUUGGGCUCAGUUUGUAUUUUCUACAUCUGUUUUGUUUCAGCCUGCUUUUUACCGCUCAAAGGCUGCAUCUUGGCCUCUGGCAUGGCUCAGGUCAACGUAUCAGGUGGAUAAAAACACUUGGAUUUGUAUUUUGACUCUCGCCAAAUUUAACAUUUUGUUGGCUGUAACUAGCCCUCUUUCUGUUUCUUCAUCUGCAAAACACACUAGUGCCAGAUACAAUUCAUUGUAGGGGUCAUACGGUAUUUUGGGGGGGGGAUUUACAUUAUUUUCUGCAUGGAAAUGCAUAUCAAA